ACUGCCAAGGUUUAACCCUGGUAUUUCUGAUAUGUUACAGUUCGGUUUUAGAAAAGAACACGGAGCUUUCAUGUGCGUAAAUACUGAUUGAAAGCAUGUAUGUAUACACCCAGUCAUUGACACACUGAGAGUCCCCCUAAAGCAUUCUUCACACAGGGAUCUACAAUCCAGGUCUCGAGUAUAGAUACCAACCCGACCAGUACGUUGAAUGCGAGCAUGAAUUACCACAGGUCACGUGACCGUUAGUGUACACACGCUGGGGGUCAUGACCUUUGGACAGAAUUGUGGGUAGCUGGCCAGUGUGACAAGAUUCGUUCUACUUCCACAUCCGGUAUGACGUCAUCAUAUGUUUGGCUGCUGCUUUGUCUUCCCGGACUCGAGGCCGCCAAGAUUCUGUUGUUCAUGUUUCCAUCAUACAGCCACAUCAAUGGACCUCUGGUGGUUGCCAGGGAUUUGGCGGAGCGUGGUCACAUGGUAUGGAAUGCUCUCCCAUCAAAACUGACCAAGCGCACAGAUCUCCAGGCGCCCGGAGUCAGCACCUUACAUUACAAGUCACUGGACAACUACAACAUUGACGAGGAGCUGCAAAGAUAUACCGAAUCUAAAGACAUGUCCAUUAUUUUCGAUGCAAGUAAGAAAACAUGUGACUUGAUACUAAGGGACCAUCAGCUUUUAGGAAAUCUUAGAGAAAUGAAGUUUGAUUUGAUCAUAUUUGAUUCUACGCCUUUGCCGAGGAUGUUAACCAUCUUAGCUUAUAAGUUAGAUGUACCUUUCGUAUUUCUUGGAGCAGUGUCCGAUCCUCAGUCCAGUCGUACACCUUUCAACCCCUCAAGCACACCGUUUCCCAUCUUCCCAUGGACUCCGGACAUGAACUUCCGGGUAAGAUUUCUCAAUGUAAUAUUUAUGCUGGGUUGGCAUAUCUAUAACCCUUUCACCUAUUUUGGAGCUGUGGCUACCUACGCACCAGAGAAGCCCGAUAUUACCAUGGAGUCACUUGUUGCUAAGGGUUCCCUCUGGCUGAUUUCACAGGAGCCAUUGGCUGAUUACCCAAGAGCCACGUUGCCCAAUGUGAAGCUCGUCGGAUCUCUGUCAGCAAGCAAGGUAAAUCCUCUUCCAGAGAAAUACAAGAAAUUCAUGGAUGAAGCCAAGGACGGUGUAGUCAUCGUCUCCUUUGGAAGCAACAUUAACCAUUUUCCUAAUGGUGUCGCCAAACAACUUGUCGACGCAUUUUCACGUACCCAAUACAGGUUCGUUUUCAAGACUGGUGAGACUGUCAGUGUAGGACCGAAUGUUCUCUUAACAGACUGGAUGCCACAGUCGGAUUUACUCGCUCACCCAAACACUAAACUGUUCAUCACACAUUGUGGAGCCAGUGGUCAAAGCGAGGCUUUCUUGCAUGGAGUUCCGAUGAUUGGAUUCCCGAUGUUUGCUGAGCAGCCUUCAAAUGCAAGGAAGUUGGAAUACCUUGGAUUUGGCAUCGCGAUGAAUUUGGCAUCUUUUACUGUGGAUGACCUGGUAUCCAACAUCAAUGAGGUGAUCCAGAAUUCUUCCUACUCACAGAAAAUCAAGAAAGCUGCCGAAAUCACCAAGCUCCGGGAAAGAAGCCCCAAAGAUGAAGCUGUUUAUUGGAUAGAACAUGUGCUCAAAUAUGGCGGCGCCCAUCUGAGGUCGUAUUGUCAGGACAUGCCGUUGUAUCAGUAUUUGUGUCUGGACGUCAUCGGGCUUGUCCUGCUCAUCCUCCAUGUGUGUGUUUUCCUCCUAUGGAAGUCGUGCAGCUAUUGCUUGAGGAAAGCCUGUAAUCGGCCAAAACAAAAACGUGAAUAAUUUGAAUUAAAUUUGAAUGAUUUACUUAGCACUUGCUUUAUUAUAUACACCAACUGUAAAAUGUGUUUUAGAAAAAGCCGGACACAAAUGAAUGUAGUUUUAACUGGUUCUCUCCUGAUUCUGUUACGAAACAAGAAAUUAGUCAAGACAAAACAUGUCUGUGUAGAUCACGUACUGAUCUAUUAAAAAAGUUCUGUCGUCA